CUGGUGGUCGAAUAGUGACAGGUUGUCAAGUAAUAUUGACACGUAACUUUAUGCAAUUACAAGUAACAUACAAUUAAAAAACCUUUGACACAGCUAUCGGUAUACUCGACAGAUUCUCUCCAACUGUCGUUUAACAAAGCGACUGCGACGCCGACGCGCCGGCGUCUUCGAGUCAACAAACUGUUAUUUGUAAUCACACUGCGCCUUUUUUUUAUUUGAGUCAUAAUAACUCAGUGUAGAGGAUAUUGAAGCAUUUUACAGAAUGAGUAGCAAUGCGAAAAGGACAAUCUAUGUUGGUGGAUUGGCAGAGGAGGUGGACGAGAAAGUAUUGCAUGCAGCUUUUAUUCCAUUUGGAGAAAUAGUCGAUGUUCAAAUUCCGUUGGAUUAUGAAUCAGAAAAGCAUAGAGGAUUUGCUUUCAUUGAAUUUGAAGUAGCUGAAGAUGCAGCUGCAGCAAUUGAUAACAUGAACGACUCAGAGUUGUUUGGUCGAACGAUAAGAGUAAACAUUGCUAAACCUCAAAAGAUAAAAGAAGGUUCUUCAAAGCCUGUAUGGGCUGAUGAUAGCUGGCUUCAGGAACAUGCUGGAGAGACUUUAAAGACAGACGACGCUGUAAAGGAUGACGACGCUAUUCAAGCAAAGAAAGGAAAACAGAAUCCACAGGUCUACUUCGACGUGAGUGUUGGCAAGCAGGAGUUAGGUAGGAUAAUUAUGAUGCUGCGAGCUGACAUUGUACCUAAGACAGCUGAGAACUUCCGGUGCUUAUGCACUCACGAGAAAGGAUAUGGAUAUCAAAGCAGUAUUUUCCACAGAAUAAUACCAGACUUUAUGUGUCAAGGUGGAGAUUUUACAAAUCAUAAUGGCACAGGUGGAAAAUCUAUUUAUGGAAAUAAAUUUGAUGAUGAAAACUUCGAAUUAAAGCAUACUGGGCCCGGAACUCUGUCUAUGGCAAAUUCAGGUGCGAACACUAAUGGUUCACAAUUUUUCCUAUGUACAGCACGUACCGAGUGGCUAGAUAACAAACAUGUUGUGUUUGGUCACGUUUUAAGCGGAUUAGAUGUGCUUAAAAAAAUGGAAAAAUUUGGUACCAAAUCAGGGACACCGACACAAAAAGUUGUUAUCACAGCGUGUGGUGAAUUAACAUAAAGCUCAGCUACUUUGUUGCUAUAAUUGUAUUUUUAUAAUAAUAAAUUGAUAAAAUUUAACAACAGUA